AUGAGACUCAUCGGAACCAUAGUGAUUAUUUCUAUGCUUAUUAAAACUGAAACGCUUUGUUAUUGUCACAUUUUUAGCAAAAUAAAUUUUCAACUGAAGAAGAAUUCCCUUUUCAGUAGUAGGAGUAGUAGCAUUAAUAGCAGUGGUUGUAGUACUUGCACGAGGAACAGAUUUGCUAGAGUGGGUUAUCUUCAAGCUAGCCAAAUUUACAAAAAAAAAAAAAAAAAUUAUUUUUUAGAUGCGAAAAAGGUGAACAUUCAUAAAAUGAAAAUGAAUGAUACAGAUAUUGACACAGGCGAAGAAGGAGUAAGAAGCACUGAAGAAAGGGUGGAAAACCAAAUCGAAAAGUGCAGCCAAGAAAUAUCUUCACUAAUUGAAAGGAAUGAAUCCAUUAGAGGAAUAGAUGAUGUAGAACUGAAAAAGGAAUAUGAAAAGAAUCAACUAUUGUUAGAUGAAAAGAAAAAGAAACUAAAUCUUUUAUUCAAAAUUCCAAGUGAACCUUUAAAAUUAGCAGAAAAUAGAACCAAGGUAGAAAAUUUAGCAAAGAGAAAACUUUUUUACACAAAUUCAUUCGAAAUUUAUGGAGGUUCAUCAGGUUUGAUUGAUUAUGGUCCAUCUGGUUGUUUACUUAAAUCAGAAUUGGAAAAUUUAUGGAGAUACCAUUUUAUUUUUUAUGAUGAAAUGUUAGAAAUGUGUGGCACUUGUAUUACACCUUACAAUGUUCUGAAAACAUCUGGUCAUGUUGACAGGUUUACAGAUUUAAUGAUACGAGACUCUGUUACUAAUGAUUUUUACAGAGCAGAUAAAUACAUUUCAGAAUAUUUAACUAAUAAGAUAGAAGAAAAAAAAAAAAAAAAACGGAUGGAUCAUACACAGCAGUUUGGUGACCGAGCUAUGAAAAAGAAGGAACAUAGUGAUACUAUAUCUGCAUCUGCCCAUGGGAAGGAGGGCGACAUCACACAUCCUGGUUCUGGAAUGGCCACAACUGAUACAAAAACCGAUUCAGAAGAUCCAGAAGUUGAGGAAAUGGGGACCAUCGUGAGAAGACUUGACGGAAUGAACGAACAAGAAAUAAGAGACGUAAUUAAAAAGUAUGACAUAAAAUCUCCCAUGAAAAACAAUUUCGUUGGACCGUUUCCCUUUAACUUGAUGUUCCAGACGAAAAUCGGACCAAAAGAUACUCACGUAGGGGAUUCGAUUGAUGACGAUGUUGGGAGUGGGAGGAGCACCGAAGUGAAACCUCAAGAGGAAAAAGAAUUUGCUAACGUUGCUUACUUAAGACCAGAAACAGCUCAAGGCAUAUUUGUAAACUUCAAAAAGUUAUUGGAGUACAAUGGUGGUAAGAUUCCGUUCGCAGGAGCACAAAUUGGAUUGGGCUUCAGAAAUGAAAUAUCACCAAGAAAUGGACUAUUAAGAGUAAGAGAGUUUGAAAUGGCAGAGAUAGAAUAUUUCGUGAACCCGAAUAAAAAAUGUCAUGAAAAAUAUUACCUAUUUAAACAUUUGGUUUUACCAUUAUAUCCACGAGACAAACAAUUGUCUAGUGGGACAAAUAAUAGUAGUACCAUAUUAAAUAUAACAAUAGAAGAAUCAGUUGAAAAAGGAAUAAUACAAAAUGAAGCAAUGGCAUAUUUUCUUGCACGUACAUAUUUAUUUUUAUUAAAAUGUGGAAUUAACAAAGAUGGUAUACGUUUUAGACAACAUUUAGAAACAGAAAUGGCUCAUUAUGCUAAUGAUUGUUGGGAUGCAGAAAUAUUAACAUCUUACGGAUUCAUCGAAGUUGUGGGACAUGCUGAUCGAUCUGCAUAUGAUUUAAAGAAUCACAUGAAAGCUACAGGAGCAAAUUUAUAUGCAUGUGAAAAGUAUGACAAGCCGGUGGAAGAAGAACAUGUGAAGAUAACUCCAAAUAAAGCAAAAAUAGGAAGUAAAUUUAAAAACCAACAAAAUUUGAUAUAUCAGUGGUUAAGUGAGAGAAUGAAAGACGAAUUGCUAAAUAUUGAUGAAGAGUUAGAUAAGAAAAAUUCUUACAUUAUCAAUAUAUCCAAUGGAACAUCAUCCAAUUCACUAUCUUUUGAAUUAACAAGAGAUAUGAUUAGUUUACAAAAAUAUAAAAAAAAAGUACAAGAAUAUAGUUUCAUACCGAAUGUUAUAGAACCAUCUUUUGGAAUAGGUAGACUCAUUUUCUGUAUCAUGGAACAUUCAUUUAGAACCCGCACAUUUAUGGAUGAUAAGGAAGAAAGACAUUAUUUGGCAUUGCCUUACAUCUUAGCACCUGCUAAAUGUUCUGUAUUAACCAUAUCAAACAAUAAAAUGUUCAUUCCUUUUGUCAAACAGGUACAAAUGAUUCUGAACCAAUACAGUAUAUCUUCAAAAAUUGACAAUUCAAGUGUGUCCAUUGGAAAGAAGUAUGCACGGACAGAUGAAAUUGGAAUUCCUUUUGCUAUUACAAUAGACUUCCAGACAUUGAAGGAUAAAACUAUUACUCUUCGCGAGAGGGAUUCAAUGUUGCAAAUUCGGAUCUCUUUCUCAAAUGUGGCAGAAAUUGUCACAUCCCUCAUUCGUCAGAAUAGCACGUGGUCUGACUAUGUCUCCCAGUAUGGCCUUUUCACGCAGCAAAAUUUGGACACAUGA